AUGGGACGAGUACUGGGAAGGCUGGCGAUAGCAGCGCUGUCGCUGCCAUGGACGGUAUAUGCAUUUACGAACUAUACCCAGGUUGAUAUGAUGCGAGCGCAGUUGGCGCUGAUGGAUGAUCGACCUGACAACUGUCCACCAUGCUUCAAUUGCCUUCUUCCUGCCUUCGAUUGCGGUCAAUACGCUCCUUGUAACCAAUAUAAUGGCAAAUGCUCAUGUCCUCCUGGGUAUGGAGGCGACGAUUGCUUGCAACCAGUGUGCGGCUCUUUGGCAGAUGGAAAGGAUCGACCGAUGCGAACAGGGAAUUCUUGCGACUGCGAAGAUGGUUGGGGUGGAAUAAAUUGUAACGUCUGCCAGAAUAACAAGGCUUGUAAUGCCCUCAUGCCCACUGGAGAUGGGGGAGUUUGCUAUACAAAUGGUGAGGUGGUCAAGGAAAACUAUCAGAUGUGCGAUGUUACGAACCGGAAAAUCGUCGAUUUACUGGAUCCAAGGAAACCACAAGUCACUUUUACUUGCAAUGCGCCCAAGUCAACCUGCGACUUUCAAUUCUGGGUUGAUCAGCAAGAAUCUUUCUAUUGCAGUCUUGACAACUGCACCUCCAGCGCUCAGCACAAUGUCGACAAGAAUUCCACCGAAUACCAGUGUAAAAAUAUCGCAUGCAAAUGUAUUCCAGACAGGAUGCUUUGCGGAGAGAAUGGCUCUGUCGAUAUUACAGACUUUUUGGACGAAGAGAUUCGUGGCCCUGCAUCCUUCGACUGCGACGAGAACAAUGGAAUUAAUCAGUGUAAAUUUCAGGAACCUGCUAUGAACCAACUGAUUCAACAAAUGUUUGGAGAUACUAGCAUUCAAAUCAAUUGCGCUUCUGGAGAGUGUCUCUACAUGACUGAGGUGCCUGGAUUCGAACGACCAAUUAAGAAGAUCAACACCCCACUUAUCGCCGGAGUCAUUGCUGGUUGCUCUAUUUUCGUUGUUCUGGUUAUCUUGCUCGUUUGGUAUCUUUCCAGAAGACAAUUCAGAUAUGGCCCAAUCAACUUGGAUGAUUCCGACGAUGAAAGCGCCAAACUCAUGAACGACCACAAACCUGCUUCACUAUACUGGGAGAAUGUGUCAUAUCACAUUAAUGGUAAGCAAGUGCUUAGCGGAAUUCAAGGUGUCGCGAAACCUGGGGAAAUUAUGGCUAUCAUGGGAGCGUCUGGUGCAGGAAAGACGAGUUUUCUGGAUAUUUUGGCGCGGAAAAACAAGCGUGGAGCUGUUGCUGGCGAUUUCUAUGUCAAUGGAGAGAAAGUCGACGACACCGAAUUCAAGAAUGAGGUCGGUUUUGUUGACCAAGAAGACACCAUGUUACCUACACUUACGGUUCACGAAACUAUUAUGACAAGCGCACUUUUACGACUUCCUCGAGAUAUGGGAAGAGCUGCAAAGGAGCAAAGAGUUUACGAAGUUGAAAAGCAGUUAGGAAUUUCUGCAAUCAAAGACUCGCUUAUUGGAUCUGAAGAAGGGAAGGGACGCGGUAUAUCUGGCGGAGAAAAGCGAAGAGUCGGGAUUGCUUGUGAACUCGUCACGAGCCCAAGCAUUCUGUUCCUUGACGAACCCACCAGUGGACUCGACGCUUACAAUGCCUUCAAUGUCAUUGAGUGUCUUGUUACCUUGGCAAAGACGUACAAACGAACCGUUAUCUUCACCAUCCAUCAACCGAGAUCUAACAUCGUUGCUCUUUUCGACAGACUUCUCUUAUUAGCCAAGGGUAAGACGGUUUAUUCUGGAGAAUUCGCCCAAUGCCAAGAUUACUUUGAUCAAAUUGGCUACUCUUGUCCUCCAGGCUUCAACAUCGCCGAUUACUUGGUUGAUUUGACCAUGCAUGUUGGAAUUUCAAAGAAUCUUGCGGAGGAAAUACCAGAUUUAAACGGAAGUAGUGCUUUGAGUGUUGGACCUAGCAGCACAAGAGCGGUCAAAUCGAUUGCGAGUAUUGGAGGUGGAUCCAUAGAAGAGAAUGUGGUGGGCAGUCCACGAUCUUCUUUACUACCACCAAGACACAAGAGAAAAGAUUCCGUCAAGGCCAAGCAGGAUAGGGAGUUGUAUACCAGAAAGAAGAGCGGAAUCGAUACUCCCGGCUCUCAACCUGACGAGACACCACUCGAUCCAAACGCUAGCAACUCUUGGGUUCGACUUCAGAGGCAUUCCGGUCAAACCUCGCAAUCCCUUGAUGAUACUGAUAACCUCCUCCCUUCAGCAGAUAGCGAUUUGGACGCUCUUGUCUCUUCGUAUGCUCAUUCCGAAAUCGCUGGAAAUAUUCAUGAUGAAAUACGGUCCGCUGUUACGAAUGCAGAGACCGCGAACGGACAGGCAAAUGCUGGUGCUGUUGGAGAUGGGAAUAUCAACACUGGAGCGAUGGGCAAGGGAUAUGCGAGAAUCAGUCUCGCACGACAAUUCUUGAUUCUUUCACAGCGAACUUGGAGAAAUCUCUAUCGAAACCCGAUGUUGAUGCUUACACAUUACGCAAUUGCAAUUCUGCUGGCCGUGCUCUCUGGCUAUCUCUUCUACGGUCUUACGCUCAACAUUGCAGGGUUCCAGAAUCGUCUCGGACUCUUCUUCUUUAUCCUCGCCCUUUUCGGCUUCAGCACUUUGACGAGUUUAACAGUCUUCGCCUCUGAAAGACUGCUGUUCGUCCGAGAAAGAGCAAACGGCUAUUACUCACCAAUAACCUAUUUCCUCGCCAAAAUCGUCUUCGACAUUGUUCCCCUGCGCAUAAUCCCUCCAAUCAUCAUGGGCUCAAUCGUCUACCCCAUGACAGGUCUCGAACCACAAGCCUCAAACUUCUUCAAAUUCAUCCUCAUCCUCGUCCUAUUCAACCUCGCCGCCGCAGGAAUCUGUCUCUUCAUUGGAAUCGUCUGCAAAGACGGCGGCGUCGCAAACCUCGUCGGAAGUCUCGUCAUGCUCUUCUCCCUCCUCUUCGCCGGUCUCCUCCUCAACCACGAUGCCAUUCCCAAAUCCAUGCUCUGGCUCCAAAGCAUCUCCAUCUUCCACUACGCAUUCGAAGCGCUGAUUGUCAACGAAGUCACCUUCCUCACGCUCAGCGACAAGAAAUACGGUCUUAAUAUUGAGGUUCCCGGCGCCACUAUCCUUACUACUUUUGGAUUCGAUACACAGGCGCUGUGGACGGAUGUUAUUAGUCUUGGGGGGUUUGCGACGGGCUUUAUACUGUUAGCGUAUAUCGCUAUGCAUGUUUUGCUUGUUGAGAAGAGGUAG